CACACACGGACACAACACCAACCGCAGCAGCCAGCACCAUCAUGCAGGAAGGUAGUGGUGCAGAGCACGAUGCAGCUGUGGCACGGACAGCAGCGAUGGGGUUGGUUGAGGAGAUGCCGGGAGAACUGACAGGAACGGAGGAUUCGGAGGGCCCAAGAUUGCGGAGGCGUAGCCGCACAAACAGUGAUCACAGCCCGCACGUGGUGUACACCACACCAAGGUCGUGCGAGCGGGUGUAUGCAACCCAGCGCAGCACGCUGCGCAUGCACGAGAACCGGAUGGCUCAGAUUGUGGAUAUGCCGCGCAAGUCCUCGAAAUCAUCCAGAAAAGGCAACCAAGCUGCAAAGGACAAAGGCAAGCGCAAGAGCGCAGGCAAGAAGCGAGACCAGAAGACCAAGUCCAUGACCAAGCGGCAGUUCCCGGCCAUGGACAACAUCAGCCCCGUGGCCACCGCCGACGAAGCAGAGGAGCCGCGCCGCCCUCCUUCGUCUCGCUCAAAUUCAAGGGCCGCGACAGAUGGCUACGUGAUCAGCACGGAGGAGCUGUUUCGACGAAUGAAAUGGGCUGCGCGCCUCAUUCCAAAAGCGUCCACGCGAUUCUCUGAGCGGCGGCCGAUCGAGCACGUGGAUAUGGCCGCACUCCGCCUCGAACUCGUCAACAAACUCCACAACUCACCACACAGAACAACUGGCGACCUUGACUUUGCCUCGUACACGUGCUCGGGCCAUCAGACGGAGGGAUCGCGCGAGCGGAACCUCGCAUCCUUCAAGAGCUACCUCUCCCAACUCAUCAAGCAAGUGUGCGCGUUCCAAUUUGAAGCCAGCGCCGCCAGCCUGUGGCAGGAAGACGGCUAUGAACACCUCCUCUACAGCCAGCAGCAACUUGCGUCCGUGCUGUGCGACCUGGACAAGGCGAAUAACACGUUUGGCCUGCUAUUCCCGAGCGAGCACGUGCCAGAGUCGUUCCCAGGCCGCAUGCUCGUCCUGCCGGCCGCUGAACAGGAGAUGGACGCGAUCAUCAGUGACGACGACGGCGAUGAUGCCGCUGCCUACACCACAACGCCGUCACCACAACACCCGCAACAGAACCUGCACCACCACUACCUUGCGCUGUCCCCGUUUGGCACGUCACCAGCCGGAACAGCGGCGGCGACCACGGCUGUGACACGUACGCCCUCCAACGAGGCCGGCGCCCCACAUACCGCCGCUGCCAUGCGUGGAGGGAUGUUUGGUCCGCUCUCCCACGUGGCAUCAUCAAACGCGGACUCGAAUGCCGGCGACGCAGAGCACCCGUUUGAUUUCGAGAGCCAGUGGGAUCGCUUUAUGCAAUACUGCAAAGAGCGCAUUCCAAACGCAAACGCAAACGCAAACGGCAGCAGGCGCCAAUCGCGUUUAGAUGGUGGUGACGUCACAACUGGCAUUCAGGGCCUGCGCGACCAACUGGAGGACAGGAUGAACGCGAUGAACUGCUUCCACAACUGCCUGCGUCUGCUCCUUCAGACCGGCAGCGUGUUUGCCAGCACUGCACCUGCCGAGACGCCACCACUCGCAAACUGGUCAACCGUCAUCUACUCCCUCGCCAGCGCUGAGGUUGUCUGCCUCGACAAGGACUCCUCACUGCCGAGCGAACUACCAAUUGGGUCGACAGUGCUGUUUCGGCUUCCAUCCAUCCACGCCCCGCACCCGCACCCAACGUUCCACAUUGAGCUCGCAAAGGUGGACUCGGCGCCAUCGCCGCCAUCAUCGCGCGUGUCGUCGUCAUUGCCAUCACGAUCUCCGUCGUCCACAGCAGCAACGGGAGCACAUCGGUUCGGUGGCAGCACACGCACGACAGCAGCGCCGCAGUCAACAGCAGCAGCAGCAGCAGCACAAUCGCACGAUGUGCUGGUGUCAGCGUCAUCAUCGUCAACAACCACAACAACGAUGACAACGAUGACGACGACCACCACCACGACCACGACCACCACAUCCACGCUGCCGCCCGUCGCAAUCAACAACGGGGCGGAUCGCGGGACCAUUGCCUGCUUCCUGCCAGUGACGGAUGCAGAGGCAAACACUCUGCUCAUCACCUGCCACAGCUCGCACACACACGCGCACACACACGCGCACACACGCGCGCACACGUGGGUGGUGCCACUGCGCUGGGCUACAGGCACAGGCGACCGCGAUGGCAGCAACAUAAGCGGUGGUUCAUCCUUUGUCGCUGAUGGCGACACGACGGCGCUGCGUCAUGUGGGUCGUGGCGAUGAUGAUGGUGAUGAUGGUGGUGAUGAUGGCGGCGAUGGUGUUGGUGGUGAUGAUGGUGGUGGUGAUGGCGGUGGUGAAGGUGAUGAUGUGUUCCAGGAUGACCAAUUCGUCAUCAGUCGUCGCAGUAGCAGCGGUGGACGCUCUAUUGGUGGCGCUGUGGACCGAACGUCCAGUUUCCCGUCUGCAGAGAGCGUAGACGACAGCGAGGACGAGGACGAGAACGUGCGCGUGUCCAUGGACGAUGAUGACGAUGAUGGUGAUGAUGAUGAUGAUGGUGAUGAUGAUGAAGGUGAUGAUGAUGAACGUGGUGACGGGGAUGAAGAGGAGGAAGAAAGAGGUAGUCACGGUGGUGAAGCCGCAAGUCAGCAGCACCAUGGUGCUGGAAGUGGUGAACACGCGAGAGGUGCUGAUGACAACAACUCCACACACCACCACCAGCAGCACCAGCAGCACCAGCAGCACCAGCAGCACCAGCAGCACCAGCAGCACCAGCAGCACCAGCAGCGCGUGGGCCUGCGUCACAGCGAGAGUGGAAGUGCCAAUGCUCUUGGAGCGCGGGAAUCAAGCAUCCUUGUUCCUGAUUUUGCCCCAAUGCCAGAGGACACAAACGAGGCCAUGCAGGCGGUGAUCGGGCGCAUUACGCAAUGCAAGAAGGCCUGUCACUCCACCAUCAUGCAAUUUGCUGACGUCACGGACACGGACCGCGUGCUGCAGCUGUGGACCAACCUGAACCUUGCGCACACGCUGCUGAGCGCGCCGAGCCUGCAGCCCAUGCUGGAGUACGUGUUGCACGUGCCGCUGCUGGUCGCGACCACGGCGACUGCGGAUGUGUUGGAGCAGGAGGAUGAAGGGAUGCAGGGUCCACACGCCCUAUACAACGUGGAGAAGAAAAUUGAACGCAUCAAGGCACUUCUUGUCACGCUCAGCGAACUCAGGAAUGACUUUAUUGUGUUCAAGCGGCGCCUGCAAACAAUGCAGGACUUCAUCUUCGGUUCCUCGUCUCGCUCACGCCGCGAAACAGACAAUUUACGGCUGCUGCUGCGCGCCAUCAAGACGGAAUUCUUCACCAGCAUCAGCCGCGUGCGCCGGAAAUAUCACGAUCUGAAGGCACACGAGGCAGCGGCGCUGUGCAGGACAAUGACGAUUGAUGAUGCGCCAUAUUGCAUCGACCGCAUUCUUCAGCGUCACUGGGACUGGCUGGAGAGCGAUGCGCACACGGUGCAGCACACACUGUUCAACAUGUGCGAACGUUUUCUUGAUGUUGCACAGCGGCUGAUGGAGCUAACGCAGUUUUACUUUGAUGACCUGAAGAGCGAUACGCAGCGGCAGCAACCACAGCACAUGCGGGAGCGCGCCCUCAAUCUCGGCAACUCCAUCCAGCGCCUGGUCCAUUUCGCCACCCGCGUCGUCCACGUUCUCGAACUUCGCCGCGUGUUCUGCAUCUCAACCACAAAGGCCGCCCUGCACACCGCUCUCGAGCGGGCUGGAUUCCGGAAGGCGGACGUGGGCGCUGCUGAUGGUGGUGUGUGGAUGCAUCACAACCCGCAGCGCGAAUGGUCAAGGGAACACGAACUCUUCCACUACAGAGAGCACUGGCUGCUGCGUCCGUCGUUCCGCAAGGGCCAGAGCUGGGCUGGCGAGCCCGUGCAUGGAGACGACAGCUUCCGUGCAACAACCGCCACCGCAGGCCAUGAUGACACACCCGUCAUUGUUGAAGUGUCGCAACACGACAACGCCCCCAUCAGCCGUCACGGCUCUGUCCCGCGCACAUUCAGCACUUCAUCUAUGCUGCCUGUGACGCCGAGUGCCGCGGAAUUCAAGCGGUUUGAAGAGUUCACCACCAACAGUGACGGCAGCGGUGUUGAUGAUGAUGGCGACGACGGUGACUGGUACAACAGCGCCGAUAGUGACAGUCACGUCACCUUCCUCGUCUCCGUUCUCGGUGCCACAAGCCUGAGCAGAGCCGCUGCUGCUGUUGUGUCUGUACUUGAGGAGGAGUUGGAGGCGGCCGGCAGCACGUGUGACAUGCCGGGCCCUUACGCCAGCGAAUGGAGCGUUCAAGCGGUGCUGGCCGACAUGGAGGAUCGCCUCCUCAAUUGCGUCAUCACGCUGUCCACGUCUGUCAACCACCUGUGCAGUCACGUCUUCUCGUCGCAGCCAAAACACCGCCACCACCGCAGCUUACAGUACUCCACGCCCAUGUCUGACAGCAACAUGCCUGGCCUCAUCAACAGCCUCUGGUCCCUCUCUUUCUCUGCAUGGCGCGCUCUCGUCAAGACAUUUCCACGCGCCAGGCUUGAGAACGGGCUGCCGCUCACGCUCAUCAACUUUGAGGUGUAUGUGCGCAAGAAGAACACAUCGUCGAUGCGCUGGGGUGUUCCGCGCAUGCUGCUGGACGAGGGGCUUGAGUUUAUGAAGUUGGUGCUUGACGAACCGGUCCUGUCGGCGCUUUCGCCGCAGCUCUUCACAAAAGUCGAGGAGGCCGCAACGCGACUGGUCAACAUCAAGACGAAGGCAGCAAAGAGUGCACCAAUCAAUGCCGUCGUUGCUGUUCCGACAAAUCCGCAGGCGGCAACAGCACAGCGGAGGCCCGCUGCCACGUGUGAGGAGAUUGAUCGCCACCUGGCGAAGGGGUUUGCCUUCAGCUGCCAGGGGCGGCAGCGGAUGCAGCUGCGAGACCGAGCGCUUGUUGGACAGGAAGUGCACGCGGCUGAUGCACAGGGCGUGCGCGAUGGCCGGCACCACGCCAUUGAGGGCUCCACAUUUCACGAUCCGUGGAUCCAGGUCGCUGUUCUUCGCGGCGCCAGAAUUCGCGAUAUUGGAUGUGGAGCAUUUGGACGCGUUGUUGUGGCGAAGAAUCUCACGACCAAUCGCCCAAUGGCCGUCAAAGAAGUUAUGCUCUCGAACGCGCGACCGAAUGAGUGGCUGCUGACACGCGAUCUGCGACACGAGAAUGUUGUGCGCGUGUACGGUGCACAGCUGUUCCCAAACCAUCACUACGACGUGUUCAUGGAGUACAUUCGUGGCGGAACGCUGCGCCAGCUGCUCGUCGAGGUGGACGCCCUUCACAUCAUGGAUACGCGCAGGUUCACUGCGCAGCUGACACGCGGUGUGCGGUAUCUCCACGACCACGACAUUGCACAUCGCGACCUCAAGCCAGGCAACCUCCUCCUGACGCAACACAACACCGUCAAGAUCUGCGACUUUGGACAGUGCAUAUCUGUGCAUGAACCGCUGACACAGAACGAUGUGCAAUUCGGCACUUUUGCGUAUCAAUCGCCGGAGUUUGGGUCGCUUGAGCAAAUCCGCGCACACCCGACGAAGACGGACAUCUGGGCAAUCGGCUGCUGUGUGCUCGAUAUGCUCAACACGCCCGUGUACCCGGGCCAGAACUACCAGCACCUCGGCACCAUCUACCGUCUUAAGCUGGGCGACCUCCGCCCCAACAUGCCCAACAAUGCGGAUGCAACAACAGGGGAUUUUCUCCGCCAAUGCUUCAUCGCUGAUGCUGCACAACGUGCAACCGCUGCUGAUCUUCUUCGCCACGCCUUCCUGCGCGAUGCCUGAGCCCUCGACGUGUGUGUGUGUGUGUGUGUGUGUGUGUGUGUGUGUGCGUGUGUGUGUGUGUGUGUGUGUGUCUGUCUGUUUUUGUUCAGCACCAUCCAAUGCAACCCUGGUGUCAUCUUUUCCUUUUCAUUUCUUCACGUCAUCUUCGUCCAUGCCAUCAAUGGCUUUGGUUUGCCUCAUUUACUCUCUUUCUCUCUGUUAAUAACGGACGCUACGAGUACAAUACAAUUACAUGCAGC